UUUUAGAGGAGCUAAAAACUUCCAAACUGUGCCGACAGCAAGAUGUGGUUCGAAGAUGAGGACCCUGCAGCUGCAGAGGUUGACGGCGAGAGCGGUUUAUCCUCUGAAGAUGAGGAAGACAUUCAGUAUGAGAUCCUGGAAAAUCAGAGAGAUGAAGCCAAUCAGAAGCUGUCUGAACUGGAGGAAGUCUCCAAUCAGCUCCUGAAAGAGAUGAACAUGUUAGAGAUCCAGUUCCAGAUUGAGCGUUCCUGCAGAGAGAGUGCUGAGGCGCUGGCUGUCCAAGUGACCAAAGAGAACAAAGUGCUGAAGAGAAGGAGCCAGAUGCUGAUGCCGCUCAUCCAUGAGCUGCCCGAAGAUCUGUCUGCUGUGACCUUUGACCUCGAGACUGACCCCACAGCUGACGGUGACGCUGUUGGUUUAGGCGGGGUCAGUAACGAGGAGACGCUGCUGCUGCAGAGCCAAGCAAAGAUCGCAGAGCUGCAGGCAUCAGUGGACACUCUGCUCACUGAGAAGCUGCAGUUGGAGCAACAGGUGGAGGCUCUGAGCAAAGAGCAGGCCUUACUCAGAGAGCAGCUUGCUCUGGAGGCCGAGGAGAAAGAAGUUGUAUUGAGGAAAAUUAGCAAACAGAGCAAGACCAUGAAUAAAAUGAAACGAGUCUCCCAGCUUGUCGCAGAGGAGUUCACAGAAAUAUCUGAGAAGCUGGAGCUGGAGCAGGGCCUCCGGCAACACGCUGAAGUCUUCGCCCACCAGAUGUUGGUGCAGCAGACGGUGACUAAGGGACCGAGCGUGAUGCUGGUGCAGAGCCCAGAGACGGAUCUGCAGCUGCAGCAAGCCCUGGAACAAAUAUCACAUAUCAGCACAGCGCUGGGUGAUAUACAGAGCUGCUUCCUGGACCAGAGAAAGCAGAGUCAGAGCUCUGUGGAAGAAAGCAGUGACUUCCAUGAGCUGCAGAGCCUGAGAGAUCAGCUGAAGAAGAGCGAGGAGGAGAGGAAGGCCUUAGAAACUCAGCUGUCCGAGGCUAACGGCACUGUCACACAACUCCAGGAUGAAGUGAAACAGUUACAAGAUUCACAAAAAAGGGAAGAAAAAGCUGAUGAGCCAGAGGAGGAUAAAUCUACCCCUGCUCCACCUCCUCCUCCACCCCCACCCCCACCUCCUCCUCCUCCUCCUGCCACUGUCGUAAAUACGCUCGAUUUCCUGAGGAGCCGGAGGAAAGAUAGAGCUAAUAAAACGGAUCAAGACGUACCCGUGGUGAACACGAAGGCGAAAGCGAUAGAUGAGAUGAUGGAGAGGAUAAAGAAAGGCAUCAUCCUGAGGCCCGCCAACCGAAUACAGGAUGAUGACAGCUCAUGGAAGGACCAGAGGAAUGAAAACAGAAAAUCAGCUGUCGUAGAGUUGAAAGGAAUGCUGAACAAUAUGAAACGUCAGAACCACCGCAGAGUGCCAUCUAAGAGAGGCCGAAACGUUGGGGAGGCGGAGCUCCUGAUGGUGCUGCAGAGGAGGAGGAGAGCCAUGGGAGAUGCCCCUUCAUCCUCAACACAAACAGAAGACCCCCAGCCAGGUCAGACGUGUUCCCCAGCGAUGGCAGAUGCUCCCUGGGCAGAUGAGAGUGGCAGUGCCCCGGUGCUCCGUAGACUGAGACAGAACAGGGAGAAGAGGGACUCCCGCAUCAGAGCGUCAGUGCUGAUCGUCAGCCAAGAAAACUGAGAGCUGCCAGAGAAAGAAAUUAACACCACUCUAGUAGCCGUUGCUAGUGAUGAGUUUGAUUUGCUUUUAAUUCAAAUGGAUGCAUUAUUGUAUUUGAAUGUAUAUUGAAUUAGCUCAUUACUUUGCUGCUUCUGGAAAACUGCUGGUUGAUCUUAUUCUGUACUGAAAAUGGCUGCAGGUCAUUCUCUC